AAGAAACAACACAGAGAAAAAAAGUUAAUGUGGGCGAAACAAAAAACGUUCACCGUUUCCCCGCACUUGGCACGUCGCAAUGAGAAGUAGGAAACGUAAUUAUUUACGCCUUCAAACUUUGGCCGCGGAUUAGAGGGGUUUUUAAUUGAGAAAUCCAAGGGACCAGUUGAGUUGUGCAUACAAAACCCAAAGACGAAAGAUGGCUUCAGGAGAAGGGAACAAAAUUAUGGUGUUUCGUCCAACUUUGGCCGAGUUUGCGAAUUUCUCUGCAUAUAUUCGUAAGAUGGAAGAGAUGGGAGCUCAUCGAGCUGGUGUUGCUAAGGUCAUACCCCCCAAAGAAUGGGUUCCUCGUAAAAGUUAUGAAGAUAUCGACACUUUGAUACCUGCUCCAAUAUUGCAAGUUGUAACAGGGACUCAAGGACUUUUCCAGUUGUUCAAUGUGCAGAAGAAGGCAAUGUCUUUUAGUGAAUUCAAGAAACUUGCCAACAGUGAAAGGCACAAACCUCCCACAGGAGAUCAAGAUGAGAUUGAAAGAAAAUACUGGAAAAACGUGACAUUCAACAACCCAGUUUACGCAGCUGAUAUUCCUGGCACAGUGUACGACAAGGAUGUGAAAGAAUGGAACAUAGGUAAGUUAGGAACAAUUCUUGACUUGAUCAAGGAUCAAUAUGGAGUCCAUAUUGAGGGAGUAAACACCCCUUAUUUGUACUUUGGGAUGUGGAAAGCCACAUUUGCAUGGCAUACUGAGGAUAUGGAUCUCUACAGUAUAAACUACUUGCAUUUUGGAGCUCCAAAGACAUGGUAUGCAAUUCCUCCCGAGCAUGGCCAGCGCUUGGAGAGACUUGCAGCAGGUUUCUUUCCCGGAAGCUUUCAAAGCUGUUCUCAGUUUCUUAGGCACAAGAUGACUAUUAUAUCACCCCAAGUGCUCAGAAAGUUUUCAAUUCCCUAUGACAAGAUAACGCAAGAAGCCGGUGAAUUUAUGAUCACUUUUCCUUAUGGUUAUCACUGUGGUUUUAACAAUGGUUUUAACUGUGCUGAAUCGACGAAUUUUGCUUCUGAAAGAUGGAUUGAUUUUGGAAAGAAAGCACAAGUUUGCAUGUGUAAAAAGGACACCGUGAAGAUUUGUAUGGAUGUCUUCGUUAAGACGUUUCAACCUGACAAGUGGGAAGAUUAUCUUAAGUCCAAACAUAAAGACAGCAGUGGCAGUGAGGACGACGAGGAAGAGGAACAACUCGAGGAAGAGAAGGGGAAAAAGAAAAACCAAAAAGAUAAAACGAAGGGGAAAGAGAAAGCCAAGUCAGAGGGAAUCCUUGUAGAUGUUGAUGACGACAUGCCCCUCGCCAAGUUAAAAGAAACACUAUCAAGAAGGUCACUUGAGGCCCGAAAGUCUGCUUCUAAAAGACAGCCAGUGGUUACAAAAUCCUUCACAGUCCCAAGCAGUGCUGGGAGAAGAAAUAAAAUGGAAGAAUCCAAGAAAAGAAAAGGUCGGAAAGAUCACGAAGGAAAAGCUAGCACAACGAAUAAAAUACUGGCUAGUAUUCUUGAUGGGCUAUGGCAUCAUCAGCUGCCGAAUUUUGAAAUGGAACAGGCUUUUAACAUCGUAUCAUCACAACAGGAAUCUCACUGUUCUAUUUGUAGCUUCUUCUCGAGAUCAGAGGAUAAUCAUUUAGUGAAUCUGCGAGAAAACCUUCACAAACCACUUUCCGAUUUAACAGAAGACCUAACUGAUUUGACGGACAAACUGUCGGUUCCUAGAAUACCAGAGAUUUGUUUCAUGUCGGACGACUCCAGUCCUGAGAGUAUGAGCUCUUGGCUGGACAAAAAGUUCACUACAGAUACAGCAAGUCCUCUGCUACGAUGCACAUCAUGUAAAUUACUAGUUCAUGCAAGUUGUUAUGGUAUAAGUCACGUCCCAAGUGAUGGCCAGUGGAAAUGUCAAAGAUGUCUUCAAGACGAUCAAUCAGCCAUUGAAAAUAGUUUUUGUUCUUUAUGUAGACUGGGUGGUGGUGCUUUAAAGAAGACAACAGACGGCAGAUGGGUUCACAUAGGAUGUGCACUAGCUGUACCUGAAGUGUUCUUUGUAGAUGUGAAUCUAAGGGAAGGAGUUAACAUUGAUAAAAUUACUUCAGCAAGAAGAAAACUUAAAUGUUUUUAUUGUCGAUCAAGUUCAACGGCCAGCGGAAAGGAUAAUGGUGCAUGCGUGCAAUGUUGUGCGGGAAAGUGUGCGGUAUCCUUUCACGUGACGUGCUUUGUUUUGGCCGGGUUCGUACUUGAACCCAGUGAUUGGCCGCAACCUACGGAAACCUAUUGCGAGAGACAUCAGAGGACGAGAUUUAAAGGAAAGCAGAGAGACUUCUCUGUUAUUCAUUUUGGUGAAUCUGUUGUUGCCAAGCAUAAAAAUGGAAGAUAUUACCGAGGGGUGGUUCAGGACACAACAACUGAGGAGUAUUACGUGGUGUCAUUUGAUGAUGGCACUUACUGCGAUAACUUACCAACAACUGACAUUGUGGAUCAUGACAACACACAAGAGGAUAUUCCUGUAGGAAGCGUUAUUCAAGUCAGAUGGAGCGAGGACGGUGGACUGUAUAAAGCCAGAGUCACUGGCCGAAGAAUAAGCGUUACCUACCAGGUUGAAUUCGAAGAUGAUUCGUGGCUAAGCGUCCGCCGGGAGGACGUCUACAAAGCAACUGAAGAACUUCCUCUCAAAGUGCAACAGCGAUUGUCUUCCGCCACGGAGACAGCUAAUCUGUCUUACUGGGACGACAUACCUGAUCGCAGCGCCAAGCGACCAAGAAAACAGAACCCACGUUUUCUAUGAAAGAUUUACAGUAGGCUUUAGGUAUUUUGUCCUUUUACAGAUAUGUAAAGAGGCUACGCUUUCCGCCUUCUUUUUCACCUUGACCCGCGGUUUUGUAGGUCAAUCUUCUGCGUAAUAAGUUCAAGAGCGCAAAGCUUAAUGGAAAGUCAGCACACUGAAAACAAUGUGUGCUAAGUUGCGAUAACAGCUGCCUUGUUUGCUUUGCUUAUUUUUUUUAAUGGGCGGGCCCGUUGAUAAUAAUAGUAUUUCGAACUUGUGGUAAUUUAUUCUCGGAAGAACACGAAAAGGAAGUGAAUCCCUCGAGCCUUAUGUCGGUGAUACUUUUCUUGAGUUGCCUUAAAGCCACGAAAUCAAUAGCGUCGUUAUCAUAUUGACCAAGCACUUUUGACCAGGAUUUUAUGCGACCUGUGCUAAACGCUAGAAAACAGGUAGCUCCGGAAACAUGUCGGGGAUGAUAUUGCAGAAAAUGGAAAGAGCUCGUUGAGCGCAAAUUGGACUCGUCACCACUUUUUUGGAGGUCAGUUGGCGACAACGAAGGAAAUUAAGGGCUAACCUUUAAAAAGGACGUAAAGAUUCCUUUGUUCUGUGAUUUUUCGCAGGGCAUGAGAAUUGAGAUAGGUUGACGUCAUACGAAUAAUCAUCCUUAAAGGUGCUGGGGAUUUGCUUCCUUUUUCCAUUUUGAAAGCUUCCUUUCCAGUAUAUUUCUUUGUUAUUUUAUUAUCCGUUUUAAGAAAGUUAUCAUGCGACAUUUGCUUUAAGAUAUUGUGAGGCAUUUUGUGUGAGCUAGGUGUUUGCCUUUUCGGCUCCACAGAAAAAUUAUUUUGUGAGUAACAUUUCUAAGUGGUUCUUGGUUCAAUACAAAUAGCUUCAAAUGUUAGGCAUUCCUUCAACAGGAUAUUCAUACGAUUAAUGCUUGAAUCGAUCAAUUUACACGGAUAGAACACUUUCUACCAACACAGUCGUUUGUCCAUUUCAUUCAUACUUAUAACAUGAGCUGUCCUUCGUUCAAUAAAAAUGUCGUAAAACUGAUUUAAAUAUCAGAACACAGAACUUUUUUGUAGGAUUUUUGAAUAGGUAGGAAAAGCGUGAAGGCGAUCCACGUAUUUUCCUGUCAAACAUUCAUUCGUUGCUGAACUGAAAUUCGCCCAGUGCUGUGUUUUAAUUUAAGACUUACCUUUGUUCCAAGUUAAUGAUAUACGAUGAAGGAAGCGUAUCAAGCUGAGCAACUGAAUCAUUCAUGCCAACUUUUAUUCUAGAGUUAUUCCCUCUUAAGUUACUUUUCGAUGACCCCUACCUUUUCAUUUUGGGAGAUUUUUAAGAUCUAGAACUAUCUAAUCCUUAUUGGAGAAUUUUGUCACGUGGGCAUUAUAUACCGAAACAUUCAAACACGCUUGGUGCCUGUAACGUUAUUGUUAGGCGACCAGUUAGCUACAGACUCAGAAUUAAAUCUAAUGAUAGGUGUGAUCUCUUGCAUGUAGCUUUAGAGUUCUGUGUUGAUACAACUAAAAUUAUUUGACUAAGAUUAAUUUACUUCGGCGAGAGCUCGCCAUUCAGCUGUAGAUAAUUUGACUAUUUAUGAUUGGGUAUUUAAAACCUAAUGUGGUAUUUAAAGAAAUAUUGCUGUCUUGCGCAAAUAAAAACGCUUAUAAUGAA